CUGAUAUCUUCUCUUCCUAAUCUAAUCUAAUCUUCGAAAGUGGCGAAGAUGAGUUUGAGCGCUGCCGCCGAAGAAGAUUCGACCCCAGAAAUACAUCUCCCUUCGGACAUCGAUUGGCAAAUGCUGGAUAAAUCUAAGUUUUUCUUCCUCGGCGCCGCUCUCUUCUCUGGAGUUUCAGCUACCCUUUACCCUGUUGUCGUACUCAAGACUCGGCAACAGGUAUCGCAGAAGCAGGUCUCUGGAAUGGCCUUCGCUAUCUUGCGCCACGAGGGCAUCAGAGGCCUCUAUAGAGGCUUUGGCACUUCCCUGAUGGGAACCGUCCCUGCUCGUGCACUUUACAUGACGGCACUCGAGGUCACUAAGAGCAGUGUAGGAACCGCAACAGUCCGCUUGGGUAUCCCAGAACCAACGGCCGCUACAAUCGCCAACGCCGCCGCUGGGGUAAGUGCUGCUAUGGCAGCACAGUUCGUUUGGACACCAAUCGAUGUUGUCAGCCAACGGCUCAUGGUCCAAGGCUGUAGCGGCAAUCCCAACAGCCCCAAUCUAUCCCUUUGUAAAUAUCGUGGUGGGAUCGAUGCUUUCAGGAAAAUUCUUAACGCUGAUGGCUUGCGGGGUCUGUACAGGGGAUUUGGUCUGUCUAUACUGACUUACGCCCCCUCGAAUGCAGUUUGGUGGGCAUCGUAUUGUAUGGCGCAGAGACUUGUUUGGGGUGGAUUUGGUUGCCAUUUCUGCAAAAGAUACGAGGAUAGUAAAGACAGUAACAGCAGCAGCAGUAGCAGUGUCAGCCUCCGGCCGGAUGCCAAAACAGUGGUGGCAGUUCAGGGAGUGAGUGCGGCUAUGGCGGGCGGGGUUUCAGCAUUGAUUACAAUGCCACUGGAUACAAUCAAGACAAGAUUACAAGUUUUGGAUGCGAAGGAGAAUGGGAAUCGACCCCCAACAAUUGGACAGACUGUUAGGAAUUUAGUUAAAGAAGGUGGAUGGACUGCCUGUUACAGAGGUUUAGGCCCUCGUUGGGUUUCUAUGUCCAUGUCUGCCACCACCAUGAUCACCACUUAUGAGUUUCUCAAACGUCUCUCUGCCAAAAAUCAAGACAACUUCACAUGUUGAACUACUCUGUGAACACAGAGAUGAACUCAAAGUCACAGCAAUG